CACUGACUACCUUUCAGCUCGAGAAUGGUAUUCUGAUGCCCUGACCCUAGAACUGCCCUCGACAACCAUACACUUGGGCCGGGUGUAUGAUACUUAUCCCCAAGUCUACAUUAGGCACCGGCGAGUUAUUGUCUUCUUGUGGUGCGAAGGUGUGAUCCGACGAUCAGGUGGCACGAGACAGUAGAAGCAGAAGGACUGGACAAAAAGCCUCGACGAUCUAACGAAUCCAGCACGUCCUCAAAUCUGAAGAACACAUCCACCAUGGCUCAUUUCGCCCAACGCGGUCUCGAAUUGCUGGAGAAGAAGCAAUAUGAUGAGGCCAUCAUCGUACUUGACAAAGCUUUAGCGACCUCCGACUCCCCUGCCUGGCUCCUGACCCGCUCCAAAGUCUGGCUACAAAAAGGCAAGCACGAGCUGGCCCUCGGCGAUGCCGAGUUUGCCUACCACGCCGCUGUUGCGCGCGGCUCCGACUCGACGCGUGCGCACAUGAUUGACGCCCAGUACCGGCGCUCCGUCAUCCUCUUCGCCAUGGGCCGCUACGCCGACGCUGACUGCUGCGCCCGGUGGAGCCAGCUCCUUUCGGAGGGAAGGCCCGUCGCCGAGGACGACGGUGUCGCCCAGGACGUCGACGCUGAUGGCUUCUACGCGGCCACGCGGGAGCAGGCGGAGGAAGAGCUCAAAGUCUGGCACCAACCCAUUGACAAGGCGAGUUUGAGCCCGGCCGAGAUCCUUUCAACACGGGGCUCGAAAGACUCGAAGAUGUGGAACCGAGCGUUUGUGUGGAGAUGCCAGACACUGGGCAGGUUGGCAAAGCUGCCCCCCAAUGAUCCCGCUCGGAGGGUCACCGUGACCAAGGUUCCGCCGAAACGGAAGGAGAACAAGCAUUUCCUUGAGAAGGCCCCUAAGGAAAUCCCCGAGGUGGCCCCCAAGGUAUCCCCCAAGGUGGCCGAGGCCGAGGCCAAAAUCCAAUCCCCGAAGGCGUCCGAGAUGCCGGUAGUCGAACGGGGUUCGGUCUCGGAAGACCAGAUGAAGCUCAAGACCGACUUCUACCAGACCGCGAGCUCGAUCACCGCUACCUUGUUCGUUAAGGGCGUUAAUGCGGAGGCGCUCAAGGUUGACUUCCAAGAGAAACAGGUCAUCGUCGGACCCCUUCCUCGCGAAGCUGCUCCUUACGUCCAGCCCGGAGACCCAGAGUCGUAUUCCACUUUUCUACUCAAUGGCACCAUCAAACCGAAAGAAUGUCGAUACUCAGUGACACCGCGCAAGAUUGAACUUGUGCUGCAGAAGAAUCUGGGAGCCAGCUGGGCCACUCGGGGAACUACUUGGGCGACGGAGCAAAUCGGACGUCUGGAUGAGCCUCCCACCGAAGCCGCCGCAGACCUCCAGCUAAGCCAGCAGUUGCCGAGCCACAUUGAGUCUGUGGAGGUCGGCACAGCGGCGGCAGCCGCCGCCAAUCCCACCGAACCCGCCACCGCACCAUCCUAUCCCAGCAGCAGCAAGCGGCCCCAGAACUGGGAGGCGCUCGAGGACAGCGACGGGGAGGAUGAGGCGAAGAAGGAUGCGGACCACUUCUUCAAGUCGCUGUACGCCGGCGCGACGCCCGACCAGCGCCGAGCCAUGAUGAAGAGCUUCGUCGAGAGCAACGGCACCUCCCUCAGCACCGACUGGGCCGACGUUGGGGCCCGCACGGUGGCUGCCGUCCCGCCCGAGGGAGUGGAGCAAAAGAAGUGGUGAGGUAGUGUGGCGUUCUAAGCCCCCUCCCUUUCCCGUGUCAUCCGCUCCGAGAUGACUACGUUUUAUGAUCACGACCUGGCUUAUGAUGGUAGUCCGGAGGAGACUGUCUUUUCACGGAGUUUUGCUAUUUGAUCCAGGGUCUGUCCCAAGAAGGAGAAAGCAGGGUGCGAAAAAAGAGAAAACCAAACACAUGGAGUCGAUGGAACAAGAGGGAGUUUUGGAGAUCGGCGUUCACGGAAACGGGGAGCAUCUGAUAUACCCCCGAGAAGAAAUAGCCAUCGUUAGGUACCCCAGUAGGUAGCCAAUAAUCGAUCGCCAAAGUAGUACUUUUCAGCAAAA